GCAAAGGGGUCUGCUUGUUUGUGUAACUAUUUAUUCUAAUUUGACCCGCUUAUUGAGGGGCCCGCCCUUCUGCGCUCCACUCACCCCGUUGGCCAUUAAUUGAUGCAGCCGCUUAAAUGAUGAAUCACUUUUUCAUUAAAAUUUGACUUUGAGUGUGACCCCCAUGUGACUGGUGUUGACUUUUAUGUGGUUAAUAGUUAGCUUUCCUAUUGAUGGAUAUUCCGCAAUUGUCGCUGGUGGAAAUCUAGCCAUGUGUCUCUUUGUUUUUCUUUCCUUUGUCUACAUUUGCAAGUACAAUGAACCAGAAUCGGUGGCUUCUUCAAACAUCAAACUCGUGCUGAACAAGCUGACCCAUAAAGCACAGCAUAAAACCGAUAAAAGAAAAAGCGCACGGUACAAGAAAAAGAAUGCUGAGAAUCAGAAAGCGGUUGAAGAUAGCACACCUGCCACCUGAGACCGAAAUGUGAACGUGGGCGGCAAUGUAAAGUGUAUUUAAGCUGGGGUGAAGGCCAUCAAAUGGCAGUUGAACUCUUAGUUCUUUUACAAGAACAAGCAUUAGGCGCAUUCUGAAAAUGUUUCUUCCAAUUGCAACUCUUUUGUUGAUCUUUACGGGGGCUGCUUUUGCAGCAGAUUCUUUCAAUCAAAUGGAGGAAUUCGUGGACUUUGAGGAUAUUGACGAAGUGCCAAAUGCUGGAUCCAACGGAGUUACUGAUGUUCCAAUCAUUACAGCCACGCCAAUUUCAAUCACCACAAGCUCUACGACAACUGGCUUAGCAAGUGAACCUACCGCAGACGGAUUAACACCAACGCUUUCCACAACAGAGGCUACAACAUCUACUCACUCUUCAACGCCUGCUACAACAACAACUGAUUCCAGCACACCUCAUUCAACCACUAAUGAUUCCACCACAGAUGAAUCUACCACAACCGAUUUUGUGACCGAGCCUUCAACCACAGCUCAAGCUUCAACGAGAAUUAUAGAAACAACUGUUUCCACUACAUCUUCCACGACAACUGCAUCCACAACUUCUCCAUCGACAAGUGACUCCACCACAAAUUAUUCUACAACUACUGAAACCACAGCUGUUCCGACCACAUCUUCUUCAACAACUGAUUCCAGCCUAAUUUCUUCAUCCACAAGUGAUUCUUCCUCAAGCGAUUCUACGACUAACGAAAUUUCGACAUCGGGUUCCAACAAAAAUUUGGAGACUUCCACAACUAGUUCCAGCACAACCGAUUCAAUCACAUCCUCGCCAAACAAAUCUGAUUUCACCACAACAGAAUCCGAAACCGAGUCUUCCACGACUACUAAAAGCCGAUCAAUUGCAACCAGCACCUCAUCUUCACCAACAACAGUUUCCACAACGGUUGGUUCAACAAUAGAUAGCACCACAUCUUCGGUUUCAACGGAAGAUUUAACAACCACCACAACUGAAUCCACUACAACCACUGAACAACCAACAGAGGAAGAAACGAUUCUUGCACUCCUGGCUGAAAAUGCAGGAGCCCUAGAUCUGUUUAAUACUCAGCUUGAUGCUGUCAGCGCAAUUAACUGGAAAAUCGACGCUGAGCUGGACAACCAGGCAGAGUACCUUGAUGCAAUUGAAGUCAUCGAGAAGCUUCUCCAAAACCAGACACAGGAGUUUCUGCUUUGGGAAGUGGAACCUCUUCGAAGCAUUGUCACAUCUAUUCAGAAGAUAGACGUAUUUGCCAACCGAUCAAUCGAAGUUGUAUCAGAUUUAACUAGACUCCAAGAGCAGAAUCAGGACCGUGUAAGGAAGCUCGUAGAUAAACUAAACGCUACCCAAGGACAAAUCCUGCGCAGCGCAAAAGGAUUGGUUGACAGACUCAACUUUGUAAACCAACUUAUCCUUGGCUAUAUCGAGCCAAAAGUAAAUAGCUUAAAGGAUUCGUUUGCCAAUCUGAACAAAUCCCAAGUUAAUUCUCUAAUUGAACUAAAGAACGUUCCCGAGGUUAGAAAUCAAACGAAAGCUUCCAUCAGAAAUCUGUCAUUCUUGAAUAACCAAUUGGCUACGUUCUACCAGACCCAGGAGAAUAGAUAUUACUCCUUAGAAGCUGUCAUUAAGGCCUGGACCCCCACUAAUCUCAAUGCGAUCAAUGAUCUAACUCACGCUUUAAGCAUUUCUCAAAAGCGCACUGACUUGGCAAUUGCCAUUAGCGGAUCUGCGGAGUAUAAAACCAAAACCUAUCCAAACCAUUUUAUAAGCUAUGAAGGCAUAAAAGAUAACAAACAAAGUAGGAAAACUAGAGCCCCACAGAUCUUAGGUGCUGAGGAUAAGGCACUGGAGUCAUCAUGGAAUAUUGUCGCUCCAGCAUAAAUAAACUAAAGCUACUUGAAACGAAAACCGAAUUGUCCAAACCGAAUGGAACCUAAAAUUAUUUAAGUAUAUUUUAUUUUAUACUAUUUUAUAAAUAGUAAUUUGAAAGUCUUUAAAAUGGAAGCAAUGUAUCAAUUUCAUCUGAAAUAAAAAGAUUUUAAAGUG